CUUCAAUAUGGUAUCUUAAGAUGAAUAUAACACUAUAAAAAAUAGCAUGGUAUAUAUAUUUAAAUAUUGUGUGCUUUGUAAGGUAGAGAAAUUAGGGAGAGAUUACAAAGGAAGACCGCUCUCUAAUCAUGGAUAAGGAACUAGAUAUAAAAAUUUAUAAAAAAGAAAAGAAAAGGGAAACCGUGUUUAAUUAACGUUAAACAAGAAGAAUAAAUUUGCAGCCGGCUUAACAGAAAGCUUCUCUCAGCAAAGCUCUAAGACUUUUCCCCCACAACACCUUCGCUCCAAAGUUCCAAAACUCUCAUAGACAAUACCUAUGUCUUGUGCUUGUCUCCUGUCCACCACCUCCACCAACACCACCUCUCUAUAAACAACUCCCUAAUUAAUUUCCUAUUCCAUCCCAAUCAUAUAUAUCCAAAGAAACCAAAACUUGAAGAAAAGAAAAAAUUAGCUACAGGAAUUCUUCAAGCUUCCCUAGCUAUGGAACAUCAUAAUCAUCAAGAUUCAAAGAGCUCUAGCACUGAUGAAGAAGCUGAUCAACGAUCCGAUGCGAACGAUGGUGUGGGCACCGGGCGGUCCUAUGAGUGUGUGUUCUGCAAGAGAGGGUUCACAACAGCGCAGGCCUUGGGUGGACACAUGAAUAUCCACCGCAGAGAGAGAGCGCCCAGGACCAGGCCUAGCUCAGCUCCUAAUCUGAGUUCAUCCAUCAGCAAAUCAGUAGAUGAUCAUAACCAUCCGGGUUUGAGAUCCUACCGUGAGAUUCAAAGCUACCCUCCACAUUAUUCAACGGCUCCUGAUCAUGAUCAGGUGGUGGUAGAUCACCAUGUGAACUAUAGAACAUUUAUGCCGGCACCUACGGGAUCAUGGGUUGUGAGGCCUUCUCCACAUGCAAAUUAUGUUAGUGAAGAGGACUUGUGUGCAAGAAAUUAUAUUCCAAGGCACCGGAAUCUGUUGACAGAUGAUCAUCGGGAUUGGAGAUCGGGGAGCAGUUUGAGCUUGGGAAUUGGCAGGCCAUCGCAUGAUUUAGACAACAACAAAGACAGAGUGGCUAAUGGUGCAGGCAGUGAUGAAGAAUUGGAUUUGGAGCUUCGACUUGGUCACGAUCCCUUGUAUAAUAUCAAAGAUUAAUUGAGAGAGCGCAAUUAGAUUUUAUUACUUCAUAUAUUUUGUACAGUUAUGAAUUAAUCUGUACAUUUUUUUUCUUCAUAUAUAUAUAUAUAUAUAUGUAUGUUUCUUUUGUGAUGGGAAAGAAAGAGAAGUUAUUAGAAUAUCUCAAAUAUAUCCCAAUUAAAGAACAGUUCUGUGUGUUUUCCAAGCCUGUUUUUCAUGGCAAUCAAUUUAGUCUUGGCUGCUGGUUUAAAGGCUGGGAGAAGGAGCUAUAGCAAAUAAAUAAGGUAUAUUUUGCUUCUUCCAUCUCCAUAGCUAGCCAGCUAGCCCUAAUUUUUGUUAGGGUUCUGUGAGAUGUUUUCGUAUAUAUAUGCAAUACAUGUCUUCUUCUUCUUCCCUCCAUUGUAUUUCUUAGCUCCAAGCUUUGCUUAUAAAAAGGGAUUGGGAUGGAAUUUUU